CCUCCUCUUGUAGCUGUCUUUUGCUUUCACUCACAGUUGUGUGUUGGAUUAUGGAAUGAUACAACAGAAAAACAAGCUGUGACUGAAUAUACGCCCAAACUCCUUCACUUGAACAGAAAGAGGAACUUGACUUGCGCCUUAAACGCAGGUGUCAUCAUGAAAGCAAUAGUGAUCUUCCUAGUUCUUUGUCUCAUCGAUGGGCGGCCCUCUGUUCCCAUCCCCCACUCACCCAACGGGAUCAGACAAUGUCGUGCCUCCACAGGCCUCUCCAUCACAGCCAUGGAGGUGCUGCCCGGUGGAGGCUGGGACAACCUUCGAAACAUAGACAUGGGUCGAGUCAUGAACAUGAGCUUCACCUACUGUCAGACCACUGAGGACGGGCUCUACUUCAUUCCAGAUGAGGUGUUUGUAAUCCCCCGAAAGGAGACGGGUGUGGAGACCAACUCGGAAAUUAUCACUUCCUGGAUGCAGCAGACCAGCGUAACAUCUCACUCCAUAAAUGCAGACGUCUCCUUCUUCUCUGUGCUCAAUGGGAAAUAUUCUGAAGAGAACCAACGGAUGAAAACACAUCAGGUCAAAGACUCUGCGACCAUGGCCAGAGUCCAGGUUCGUAACGUCAUCUACACCGUUAAGGCUUACCCUGACUUCACUCUGGACUCUCGCUUCGCUCAGCAAGUCAAAGAAGUUGCUGAUGCUAUUGAAAACAACCAGACCAGGAAUGCAGCCUAUCUAUCAGAGAAGAUGGUCGUGGACUAUGGAACCCACGUUAUCACUAGUGUUGAUGCUGGAGCUGUAUUAGCGCAGGAGGACUACCUCCGCUCUGCAUAUGUCACAGACAGUCAAUCAGACACCUCAUCUGUUAAAGCUCAAGCCGGCUUAAACUUUUUUGACAAAGUCAAAUUUGACAUCAGCAGUCAGGACACCCAGAAGAGCUCAACACUUCAUGGCUAUCAGUCCAACAUUCAGUACUCUAUUGUUCAAAGCCACGGUGGUGUGCCUUUCUAUCCUGGUAUCACUCUGCAAAAGUGGCAAGAGAGCACUAGAAACAACCUGGUCGCUAUUGAUCGGUCAGGAUUACCCUUGCACUAUUUCAUAAACACCAACACCUUCCCUGACCUGCCUCAGCCUACUGUUGGAAAGGUGGCUCUCGCGGUGAGCCAGGCCGUGGAGCGCUACUACAAGGUCAACAAACGUCCUGGCUGUGUUGACAUCAACUCAAAGAACUUCAACUUUCAGGCCAAUAUUGACGAUUCAUCCUGUGAGGGUCCUGCUACAAACCUCAGCUUUGGUGGUGUCUAUCAGGAGUGUUACUUGUACAGCUCAGAUGCAGGUCCACUUUGUGAGGAACUGGAGCAGAAAAACCCAGCCACGGGUGACUUCUCCUGCCCGUAUCCUUACGGGGCCACUUUACUGAGAUCUGAACUGAGAGAACAGGGUUACUAUUUUCGCCAAUGCUAUGGUCAAUUCUGUCAGGACCAGUAUUACGUUCGCAGUGCUACUAUUAACACAUACUGGUGCUCAGUUAAUGGAAAGGCGCCAGAUAACUCUGGGUAUCUGUUUGGAGGCAUCUACAGCCCCUCACUCCUGAAUCCCAUCACCAAUUCCAAAAGCUGCCCUGCUAGUUUCAUUCCAGUCAAAUUUCUCUCUGAUGGCCAGGUGAUUUGUGUAAGUAAAGACUAUGAAGCUGGUACCAGAUCCUCUGUUCCAUUUGCAGGCCUCUUUAGCUGUGAGUCAGGCAACCCACUAGCAAAUGGACAAUGGCGCUGUCCUCCCAAAUUUAGCCAACACCUUGCUACAGUCAGCGAUGGGUGUGAGAUUCUUUAUUGUGUUCAGUCUGGAUUGUUCACAGGUGGUCAACUGCAACCUGUCCAUCUGCCUCCUUUUACUAAACCUUCUCUGAUCAGCAUGCAGCGCACCAACACAGUUAUGGUGAUGACAGAGGGGGAUAAGACCUGGGUCAGGGUGGGCCAGACCAAGAUGUGGAAACUGGCUAAACCAGAGGAACUAAAGGAGGUGAUGACGGACUUCGAUCCAGAAUCUAAGUCUAUGUCUGGUGGUGCGAAAGCAGGGGCAGCCUUCGGGGUGCUGGGGUUGCUGGCGGCGGUCAUAGUGGUAGGGGUCCUGGUAAAGAGAAAGCUGUCUGGAUCUCUGACGGCUAGAGGCUAUCAAGAAAUACAGGGAGGGACUGAGGAUACUGAUGAGCAAAGGUUUCCGAUGCAGGAGGAGGCUUAAAGCAGAGCGCACAGCAGGGACAGACGGCAAAAUGUUGAAUGUUCUGUAGCUUGAAUCUCGUUGUGUUAAAUACUGUCACACCAAACUGUGCAUCAGAAACAAAUGCAGAAGCUGCUUUUACAGUGAACCAACACUGCCCCCAUGAGGUCAAAAGCCAGACGUGACAUACAGCCAUGGAAAUAAUUAUUAGUACACCCUUGAUUCUUCAAUUUCUUUUUCAAUUUAAUUCCUGGUACAACUAAAGGUACAUUUGUUUGGACAAAUAUAAUGAUAACAACAAUAAUAGAUCAAAAGAGUUUA